CCCCACCACCCGCAUGAAUUAUUGGCCGCUUUGUAGAGUUUCUGCGUCUCCCAUUCUGAAUAUUUUGUGCUUCAUCGCUCGGACUGAGAUGGAUGCUUUAGGUUCUUCCGACUAGGGUUUCUCUCCAAUCCGGAUCGGGGAAAAAAAUGGACACCUGCGAGCUUCAAUUCGCCAACCAAGAGAUGAUUUCAACUUCGAAUCUCUGCGAAAUUCCACUAUGUACCUCCAUCGACAGCUUCCUGAAUGAUAUUCUGAAGGACGAUUCUCACGCCUGCACCCAUACCCACACUUGCAACCCGCCCGGCCCGGAUACCACCCACACCCACACCUGUUACCAUGCCCACACCAAAAUUGUGCCCGCAGCUAGCGACGACGACGACGAAGACAGUGCGGAAUCCGCAGAUAAGAACGCGAAGAAGCAUCAGGCCACGGGUAAUCGGGAAGCCGUUCGUAAGUACCGGGAGAAGAAGAAGGCUAGGGUUGCGUCCUUGGAGGAUGAGGUGAUCAGGCUUAGGGCAGUAAAUCAGCAGCUGUUGAAGAGAGUGAAGGGUCAGGAUGUGCUGGAGGCCGAGAUUGCCCGGCUCAAGUGUUUGCUUGUGGACAUUAGAGGGAGGAUUGAGGGCGAAAUCGGGUGUUUUCCGUACCAGCGGCCAUUGGAGAAGGCUUAUCAGUUCUCCGUUGCUGAUCUAGACAUUUCCGAAGGGUAUUUGAGGAACACUUGUAAUGUCCAGUGCGGCGAUCGGGUGGAUGCCGAAGGGUUCAAUGGCUGUAGCUUUGAGAAACCUGAGUGUGGAUUGACCAAGAGCUUGCCUGGUGGCAAGGGUUCCAAAGGAAGGAAGAGGAAAGCGUGCAUUGAUAGUUGAAGAAACUACAUACUUCGGAGAAGGCAAGAAGUGCAUGCCGCGGCGUCCAAGUUUGAAUGGUCAGUGUGGAUGUUUAUAGUAUGUUCUAUGUCCUGCUAGCUUUGCAGAGUUGACAAUAAUAAAGAUGCAGAGGCCAAUUUGCUUCACAGCUCUGCUUUGCAAAGCUGGUUGGCUGUGUAUUUUGUAUCAUUAGCAUUUCUUCAUUCUUCUUUGCCCUUUCCAGCCAAUAUUAGAGUAAAUAUGCUGGAUGGACGGGCUGAAUUCGAUUAUAUUGUGGUUGAAAAUUGUCUAAACUUGUAUUCAAAUGUUUUUUUUAAUACCGGAGUAUAAUCUAAAUGGGAAGAUGCAUUUAUACCGAAUAUAUUACUCCCAAUUAU